UAUGUGACUACAGAUGGAAACAAAAUUCAGCAGCACCGGAGGGGAAAUCUGUUCUUCGGGGGCUUUCCCCGGUCUGUGAACGUCAUACCAGGCGCAUGACGAACGUUCUGGUCAGUGGCGGGAAGAGCAGAUCACAGAGUGAAAGUUCCGUCUGUGCUCGGUGAACUUCUGCCUCCGGCCGCUUGACGUCGUCUAAGCUCGACUCAACCAGGAAGUCCGGACUUGCCUUUCCCCUCCGUGAUUGAGGCAGAAAAGAAAAGUUGAAUGAACGUCGGUUUUUGAGGCACCAUGAACCCGCACGCGCUCGGGCGCUCGCGCUGAUUCGGCGGCCGUGCUUUAAUGGUGGUGUUCGGGAGGUUUAAGGGCCACUUUGGACGCACAUCUCGGGUCGGUUGGAACACCUGGACCUUCGCCGGUGUGGGGGAUGGAUGCUCCUCACCUCACCGAGGAUGAAAUGGCAGAAAUUAAGAAAGACGUUCUGACCAGACUGCGACACUACCUCUGUGACAAGAUCAGAGCGGAUCGCCACCUGGAUUACCUGCGCUCUCGCCGCAUCUUGACCCGGGACGAUGCCGAGGAGAUCAGCUGCAGGACCACGCAGACGAAGAGAACGGCCACGCUGCUGGACAUCCUGGCUGAGAACCCGCGCGGCCUGGACGCCUUGGUGGACUCCAUCCGAGAACUGCGCUCGCAAAACUUCAUCAUCGCCAAGAUCACGGACGAGGUGCAAAAAGCCAAAAAUGAAAAGCUGGAGUCUCUGAAAGCUGCUGGAGCCUUUGGUUCAUCAUCUGACGGCGCCUUCAGCACACCCAGCAACCCGGGGGACCUCCCCACCACAUUUUCAAACAGCUCCACUCUCAUGUACCACCCGGAUAGUGAGCACAGCCCCUCCACCUCCGACAUGGGAAGCUCUCUGAAUCUGCCGUCGUUGCAGAAGUCUGGAGACUCCACCUCUGGCGCUAGCAUCGGCACAGCUUCCUCCACGUCCUCGUCCAACCUUCCUAAGCCAGGAGACCCCGGAGCUCCGCCUCUUCCGGACGAAGUGGAGGUGGAGUCCCCGUCUAACAUAGACUCAGCAGCACAGGGGUGCAGCAGCAGUGGGGGAGACCCGAACUUCCAGCCGCUUCGGUCCCGUUCCCUCACCCCAACGUCUCACCGGAGCAUCUUUUAACCUGAAAGGACCUGCUGAUGGAACCUCGCAUCGCUUCUCUGUAUUUGACCCGAAUUCUGCACAUUUGGGUGCGUUUGCAGUCAGCGUCCUGCAGGACAAGGGCAGGACGCUGACGCACAGGUACCCACAGUUCUAAAUAUAUGUGAAGGUUUUAAACGAAUUAAGGGGCAUUUUGGUUUAGAUGUUUGUGGUCGCGCUGUCGACUUGUGAAUUUGUUUUUGACCAGCAUCUUCAUCGUUUCUUUAGUCUUAAAAGUUUUCUGGAUCCGUUUGAAAACUGUUUCAGGACAACUGACUUUAAGGAAACACCGGAUCUGAACGGAGACCACCCGUUAGUUUACGUCCGUACCCCGAUCCUUUUUUGAUCCAGUUGCAAAGCGUGGUUUUCUAAUUAUGUGGUUUUCUAAUUAUGCCGUUUUUAGCCAAAAUGAAAACAUUUGUGUCGUGUUCUAGGACUUAUUUGGUCCAGAGCAUCCCUGCCCCCCCCCCCCCCCCUUUCACCCAUGGCUCAGAACGCUCAGCUAGCUGUCCUGCUAGCUUACAGCCCCUCCCACCCCUAACCUAAUAUUACCGGUGCAAUGAAAAUGGUGAGCAGUAUCGUAGCUAUCCAGCCGUACAGUUUAGAUCCAGAUUCCAGCUCAGACGAGGAAAACAAAGACCUUCAUGGAUCCGUUUGUCUGACAGUGGAUGUAUCAGAAAGGGGCGGAGCAGGGAGCUUGUGGCCCCGCCCCAGCGUAUUGUCUACAUCACAGAUACAAUCUUUUCUCAGAUGGGGUUUGUUGUCUACUCCCGAUUCAUGAUUUGAAUAAAGAAAUACUCAGAAAUGCGUUUUUAAGCUUAAUUUUCUUCAUAGAUGUCCUUUUAUCUCAAAAAAGAAAUGCAACAAGAAGAUGUUAAAAACACAAUUUUCAUCUGAGCGGGCCUUUCGAUAGAAAUGACAAAAGACAGAAUAUAAAACUAACCAGAAAUCACUGAAAUUCCUCUUUAGAAGUUGACCAGAAUUGAAGAUGCUGUAAAAAUGCCUGUAAAGCCGUGCUGCAGCACUUCUGCCGCUCCACACAGUCUCUGUUUCAGGUGUCGUCGUCGUCCUUCUUUUCAUAGCAACAGCCUCUAAACGGAUUUGUAGUGAUUUGUGACUCCAAGCCUGGAGUCAAAAAAACUGAACUGAUCCAAUAGAAGUGGAGAAAAAGUUCUUUUCUUUUUUUUUUGGGAACAAACUCCUCAUUGAGAUUUGACUCCUAACAUCUGAAGCCAGAGAGGGUAGAGUGUUGGGGAGACAAAAAAUACAUCGAUGUAUUCAAGUCCUACUGGAUCUGGAGGUCAGGAAUCUCUGACCGCUAACCUCUGAAGGUUUAAGGAGUUCUUCUUCACGGAGGAGGAGAAAACAUGGCGGCCUCACUUCUGCUUCUGCGCGGAGAGACGGUCACCACGACAAACGAGGGAGGGGCUUUUUAACCUGCUUUUUCUGUUGCAUCAAGAAUCUCCUUCACCUUUUUCUUCACUACAAGAACUGAACACAAACAUGUACGAAGCUCUAAACUGUACUCUAAAGUGUACACAGUGACCCGAGCACAAUAAAGUUUUUUUUAUGCAAAUUCA